AUGGCCAGAGCCAACAGGACUGAUGUUGACAUACAUCCUUGCUAUCAAGUCGAUCAUUCCUCUUAUGUGCUCACAAGUGAGCCUUCCAUCGUGUGUGUUUCUCUCUACACGUUCCUCGCGUUAUUGUCUGUCGUCACAAUCUUUGGAAACCUUCUUGUGAUAAUCACCAUAUUUUACUUCAAACAGCUUCACAAUCCUACAAACUACCUGAUUCUUUCGCUGGCCGUGGCUGAUGUGCUUGUGGGGAUCCUUGUUUUCCCGCUCAGCAUGGCCUUUUCUCUCAGCUCGUGUAUUUACCACGAGGACCUGCUGUGCAAAAUCAGAGGCAGUUUGGACAUAUCGCUGAGCACUUGCUCUAUUCUGAACCUAUGUUGCAUUUCCAUCGAUCGAUAUUAUGCCGUGUGUCAGCCUCUGAUGUACCGGACAAAAAUGAAUCACUGUGUUGUUGGCGUCAUGAUUUUGAUGAAUUGGGGGGUGUCUGCUCUGAUCUCUAUCGGUGUCUUGGCUGCUGGCUUGCAGAGUGACAACUGCAAGGAAACAUGUUUAGUUGAUGUUCUGAUGGCUAACACCAUCGGGCCUUUGUUAUCGUUCUACUUACCUGUGGUCAUCAUGCUUUGUAUCUAUCUGAAGAUUUUGUUGGUUGCAUUGAAGCAUGCUCGCAGCAUCCAGACCUCCACCAAGCCCGGCCCGCUUGUCAGCAGGGAUGAGAGAAAAGCCACCAAAACCCUCGCUACAGUUUUGGGAGUCUUUCUGAUCUGCUGGAGUCCAUUUUUUCUUUGUAUCACCUUUAUGCCUUUUAGCCAUCUUUCCGUGCCAGUUGCAGUCAUCGAGACGCUGAACUGGCUGACUUUGUCCAACUCCAUGCUCAAUCCGUUCAUCUACGCUUUCUUUUACAGCUGGUUUCGAUCUGGAUUCAGACUCAUCAUAUCGGGAAAAAUCUUCCUGCGUGAUUAUACUAAUUCAGCAUUGCUUUGA